AUGGCUACCUAUCCGCGCCAAACCUCGUGGAUUCAUGAUGCCUCAACGAUCUCGCUCGAAGCGGGCAAUGAUGGCUUCAACAAUGCUAUUGACCACGUCAGGCCAUCCGGAACCCAGCCGAGCACUGGCAUCCGCAGCCAUGCUUAUCAUGAGGAGAUCGCGCAGAAUCAUAUCAGCAUAGGAGAGGAGGGCAAUGGCCAUCAAUUCGAUGACGAAGAUGAUGGUACGGCGGGUGAAGGAUAUCUACAUGCGAAUGGGAAUGUUGAAGAAUCUGUGGAAGACCAAGACCGCCCUCAAUCACCGAUCAAAGAUGAGGAAGGGAAAAUGCGUGACCAGAAUGGCAACGACAACGAGACCGCAGCAUCAGAUCACGCAUCCGCUGGGAACUCUCCAAGGGAAAACGGAGGGGAAUCCUCCUCCCACAGCGGCAUCACGCCAAACCGGAGUUUCUCGAAAGCCCAUCGCAACAACAGUAACAGCGCCGAACUGAUGCUUCAAGGGGUCUCUUCAAGAAGCCCUACGCCCUCACAAUCACCGCAGAGUCCCGAAACGUUGAGUUAUAAUCUGGGUGGGUAUUUCCAGUCUUGUGAGGACUGUUUCAUUGCUGGGCUGGGCUGUGUUCAUUUUACGGCGGCGGCGACGAUAAUUAUGCCUGAUGGUAGAGGUAGUCUGAUCCGCGACGGUGGCCAUGGUGGUCAUGGCGAUGGCAAAGCUGCGCGUGAGCGGCAUGAGUGGCUUGUUGAGCGGAUGAAGGAGAGUUUGGCGAAGAUUAAUUGCGCUGGUGGCGGCGGUGGUGGUGUGGUUCCGAGGAGUGGUGCUUGA